ACCCCAUCACCGAUCCCUAAUUGAAAAUUAUUGUGUGGCAUAGUUUGGGGCGCUUUCCGCAGAUGCUAUCUGUGUGUGUGUCAUUUCCCAACCGAGAGUGUCCGUGUGAGUGAGUGCCCUCUGUCACGGUCCCUGGUUUUUAUCGCCCGCCACACGCAGUUCACGUUUAUUGCAUAGGUGCGGCUAUCGCCCUUUCCCAAAGGUUAUGGCAUUUUCAUUGAACUUCACUUUGGAGGAAUCCUCCAGCUCCGCAAAUGCAGCGACUCAGCGACUCAGCGAUGGCGAUGGCAACAAAGAAGCGAAAGCAGUUCAUUGGCAGCAUUGGCUGUUGACGCGUUGUCAUCCGUACCGAGCGGAAGUUCACUGCGAGUGAGCCGGAUAUUUGUGGUAUUCGCGGUUAAGGUCAGAGAUUGCAAAAAUCACUGAUACUGAAGGUAUCCUCUAUCUGUUUAUGACUACAAAUUGAAACAGUUUAAUAACUAGCGGACAUAGUUGCUUGGGAACUGAUUAAAACUAAUCACGAAUCGUUUUAUUUCUGAUUUUGUUCUAAGCACUCGAAGCACUUAGAAAGUACUUUUCCAAAUGCUUUGAUUUAAUUUUGUAAACUUGUUUAUUUCUCUUAUUGAGUUGUGAAUAUCAAUAUGCAGUUUAACUGACUACAAAUAUACAAAUAUAAAUCGUUAGGAAAUAAAUGAACGAAAUUCAAUAUCUUUAUUUAAUGUUUAGAAUACCAGAAGAUGAGUAUUGUUUUUACCUAUCGCAUAUACCAGGUGUUUAUUAACCAAUAAAAAAAGCUUCACAGUAUUUUGAAGAAAAGAUAAAUAUAUAUCUCAAAUCUAAUUGAAAAGUUUAUAUUCAAAAAUAUUCUCCCAAAAGCUUUACUAAAGCGAAUUCUUCCAAAUAUUUCCCAAAUGUAUACCGUUUUUUCAAUUACCUUUACAUUCGUUCACUGCUUUGAUAUUUGGCCCAACCCAUGACAAAGAAAAACUUUCGCUUUCGCUGCGAAAAGCUAAAUAUAUAAAUAAAUAUGCACCCAGGCGACCCAUAUAUGCAUUUUAAUUGUUGUAUUUUUAGCAAAAUUUCUAAUGACAAUCAGUUUACGAAAAUAAACAAAAGAAUUCAAAAAUAGUCAGGCUUUAAUGUGGGGCAAGAACAUAAUUAUGUGCAAAUUGACAAUAAUUAUACUGAUUGUGUCUAUUGUUGGCGGUGCAUAAUGUAAAGAAAACAUUGAAGAGAAUCACAGAGAAAUUCGCAAGAAAGAGCAGGCCGAAAGCUGCUGGCAAUGUUAGUGUCAGUGCCAAGUCGAAAUUUAUGGCAAACAUUUGUGUGCAAUCCGCUCGGAGGCGGAAAAUGGGGCGUGGCGACCCUGGCCCCAGGCGCUUGCUAUGCCAAAGAAAAACAAAUUUGCAAAACAGUGUGUACAGUAAGAUUCAUGCAUUUAAUUCUUUAUUUGUUGGGGAAAUAUUGAAAUAAAUACAUUUUCAUGUCUUUGACACCAACUGUGCGUAUGCGUAAUAUUAGUGGAAUUUCAGAAAGAACUUACUUUACAAACGAGAAAUUUUUUUUCUGUUAAGUUUGCUUUAAAAAGCCACUAUAUGAACAAUUCUUGAUUCAAUUAAAAUAGUUUUUAAAUAUUGAAUGUCAAUUGUGCCACUGAUAAUAAAAGCGAAUUGAAAACACAUCGAAAUGUGCAUAACGUAUGCCAUAAAUAUAUUUUAUCCCGCAUUUUUUAUGCAAAAAUUUUUAUAUGGCUCGACCGAUUAUAAAAUUUCUGUAUAACUGAGUAAACAUAUCUCAAAUUCCUUAUUCUAAGCAAUUUGUUUGCCGAAUGGGAUUUAUGGCCAUGUCGCCGACUGUUCUCCUGCAAGAAAACUGCGAGCAAAGCAGAAAGUGGCGAAAAGUGUGUUGUGGAAAACAGCAAUCGAAGCGUGGACCAAAAUAGAUCGCCCGAAAGCAGGGGGCGUGGCCGUUGGGGUGUCGACUAAACUGAUUAGAAAAUCCGCCUUGGCCAAUUCCUAUUGCUUUGGCAUUUGACACAGAGGCAGUGCAGCAGCGGACGAGGCCGAAACAGAGGCAUUUGUGUUGCCAAAUUGCCAGCGACAAAAGUCGCCGUUGUCUUGUCAGUUGGCUGCUCUCUUCGCUGGCCGUCAAUUAGCGCCGUUUGCCAUUUGAACGGAUUCGGUUCUUGGCGGUUCUCUCGCCGCUGAUUCACUUGUUUCUCUAAAAAUCGACGGACCCUUGGGCACUUGCCGCCGCCGGGGCAUUAAUCAGUUGCAAGACGAUCGAUUAGCGGCAAACAAGAGUCCGCCCGUCGAAUUGCAGCCGUCUGCCGUCUGCCAGUUGCCCGAUUAUCCGAUUCUCGUCACCUCGCGGCUCUCAUAAAAGUCUCAAAACGUAGAUAAAUAAAUAUAUAUCGAUGAUUGGUCCAAUGAUUGGCGAGCGUGAAGUGAGAUAAAUAUUUUUCGAAUUACCUAAUCGACUGGCCAUUAACGUGAGUGGUGUGAGUUUUUCGAGUGCGUGGUGAAUACAAUUUAUAUAAUACGCGUUUAACCGAAUCGUUUCUCGCCGAGGCAUUCUCAUUGCAUCGCCGAGCGUUGGAGGAUUCGGAUACGGAUUUGGAUUCGAUAUUGGGCAUUACGCAAUGGCCGCUGAGGAGACGGCGCUAACCGGCGUCGGCGAGCUGCUUUUCUCGCUGCUAAUUGGCUAUCUGGGCGCCCUGGAAUUCGCCUUUGUAGCCCGCCAUCUCUACCACUGGAGUUUCCGUCAUCCCGGGGAUUCUUCUGCCGAUGCAGCUGCUGAUUCCGAAGAAUUACCUCGUAUGCGUGAGAGAUUGGAUAAGGAGAUUAAAGAGGCGGCCGAAAGAGAAGCCCUCGCAGGCACCAAUGUCAUGCAGGAUGGUGUCCUUUACAGCAACGGCAUACGGGUGGAUCCCGCUGGAGACAAAAGAGAAGCUCUGGCCGCGGAACUGGCACGCCAACAACAGAUCGAAGCGGAGACGCGACGUCAGCUGGCCGAAGCCGAAGCCAAAUUGGCUGAAGAAAGACUGAGAAUCCAGAGGGAGAGGGAGGAAUCGGAGGAGCAACAGAAAAAGCUCUUGGAGGCCGAAAGACAGCGCGAGAGAGAGCAGGCGGCAAAGGAGCUGCAAGAACAGAGAGACGCCGAACGCAGGCAGCUAGAGGCAGAAGAGAACGAGCGUAAACAGCGUGAAAUCGAAGAGAGAGAACGCCUAGACAGUGAAAGAAAACUUAUAGAGGCGGAACGUGAAAGAGAGGAGCAAGAGCGCAGACUGCAAGCAGCUGAAGAGCAGCGCGAGAUUGAAGAAAACGAAAGAAGAAUAUUCGAAGCAGAGCGCCAAAGGGAGCAAGCCGAACAAGAGAAACUCCUAGCCGAAGCCGAGGCCGAUGAAACCGAGCGUCGUCUCUUUGAAGCCGAGAUCCAGCGAGAGCGCGACGAAGCCGACGAAGAAGAACAGGCGCAACGUGAUGCGGAGAUUGUAGAGCGUCUACUGGCAGCUGAAAGAGAGCUCAGCAUGAGCGCCACCGAGAGCGAGCUGGAGGAAGAAGCCGCCAUGGCAGAGCAGUCCCGUCGCCUCAUUUCCAGUAAAACGGAUCUGGAGCAGAGGCAGCGGAUGAUCGAUGAGAAUGCAAGACGGUUCCUUGAGGCUGAAGAGGAGAUGGUGAUGCUGCAGCAGCGCCAGCUGCAAGCCACCCACAGCAAAGAAGAGGCAGAUGAGUACGCCGGCAUGGAACCCGUGGUGGAAGAACCCUGUGUGAAGAAGGUAGCGCCACCUAGAUUCCAGGAGCCAGCCGAAGAACCUUUGGUGGUUCAGAAAGUGAAAACGCAAUUUGGUCAGGGAAGUGGUUCCGAAGACGGCUAUUUGGUUAAGUCGAAGACCCUCACAUUUCCAGGUGUUUCCGAUGAAGGUUCAUCCUUGGAGCCCUUUUCCAGCCAACAAUCUUCGUUCAGUACCCAACUCUCCGACGAAAUCAACCGCACCGAAGGCGAACGCCCAGAACCCGAGGGGGAAGAUCAAAUACCGGAUAUUCAGUACACCGAGGACUACCUUCGAUCCCUGGAUGGAAUCAAGAGUCGUCCAUUGGUACGAGAAGAUGGCUCAGGCAGAAGAAGGGCUUUCAAGAAGCGCCGCUCCAGUGGCAGCUCCAACUCCUCGCGAGACUCACGCGCUUCCCGCGACGAGGAGCUCAAGAUGUUCACCUCGCUGGAGGAGGAGGAGCUGCGCCAUGGCGACCGGGAUGACUACAACCCCAUCAAGUAUACGAGUGAACCCACCCUGAAGGUCAAGUCCCACCGUCGCCACAAAAGAAGUCCAGCAAAGGAUGUGAAACAGCCAGCAGAUCCGAGUGGGUCCCUGGAGAUGCUCGGCGAAGAGAGCACAAAUCCCUGGGGCGAGGUGGUACCGGAGCACUAUAAGGACACCGAGUUCUGGAAGCGGGAAAAAGCCCUCUCCAUUGACGAAGAGGUGAUCGAGCCGGAGAGACCUUCCAAAGGACAAGAUGUGGAGGACGAAGCCACAAAUGAGCCGAAAUCUUCCUCUUUUGAGGAUGCUACUGAGGCACAAAACGAACAGGCAGUGGCUGCCCUCAAGCAGCAACUUUCCAAGGAGCAGGUGGACAAGGAAACGGAAAAGGAUAACACGCAAGGAGCAGAGACCAGCGACAGCAAAAAAGCCAAUUUGCAAACCUCUUCCGCAACAGAGGAGCAAUCAAGGGGUGGCUCACCUGGUUUGCGACGCAGUCCACGCAUGGAUGAGAUGGAGCACUACCCGGAACGCUGGUCCGCCAGUCAGGAGCAGCAUCUGGAGCCACAGCAGCCACCGCGAGCAACACCGUCCAUCAAUGUCCAGCAACCGGAUACGGCACCUUGGCGGGAUCAGUAUGGAUUGCUGAUGGAGGGACUCAGCGACUUCUACGACUUUACCGCUUCCGUGAACCCUUCAAGAUCACGUUCCGCAUCUCGAAAUCCCUCACCAGCUCCCAAGAAUGUGGCUAACCUUAUGGAUGUGGACACAGAACGAUCGCUCGAGGUAUUCGACGACACGCAGGAGGGUAUAGUGGCAGGUGAACUUAACUGCGAGUCUGUGCUUCAACUCCUGGAAUCGAACUUGAAUGAAAACGAGUCCUUAAAUGAACAGCUGCAAAUACAAACGGUGGCCGAUGAUGCUCGGAAUGGUAAUUCUAUGUUACCAAUGGUAUACGAGCCCCUAGAAGGAGCUCCUCUUGGUACUCCUUUAGAGGAAAGGGGGAGAGAGCCGUCUGUUGGCAGGAUACAAUCCCGAUCCCGAUCACGUUCCCGUUCUCCACUCCCCACCUCUGAGAAUCUGGAGAAGAGCAUUCACAAACGCAGGGAGCGACUGAUCAAACAGAACGACGAGCUGGCUGAACGACUAUCCCACUCUGGUUCGGAAGGUUCCAUGGAAAUCGAAACUAAUGCCAAUGAAAGAUUGAGCCCACAACUGGAGGUCAUCCUGCCGCAACCCGUCAUUGAGAUCAAUGAAAGGGUGGAUGAGCCCAUGGAAGAUGCCGAAACUACGCCCGAACAGAUGCGACUCUUUGUGGAGAACUUAAGAGCUGAGCGGAAUGCCCGCUCCGGAUCGAGAUCCCGUUCCCGUUCCCCGCUGCCCACGGCAGGCAAUAUAGAAAAGAGCUUGGAGAGCCGCCGUCUGAAACGUAUCCAGCAUAAUGAUGAAAUCUUCGAGAAACUACACGAACAAAUGACAUCGCCAGAGGUCAUAAUAGAGUCCGCUUCACCGCCAAAAUCACCGCUUCCUCUUCCGCUACCCACCAUAUCCAUUGAAAUUGUGGAACCACCAGAGGAGACUGCAAUCCAAACCGAAGCAGAACCUGAGGACACUCCAGAGAGUAUGGCCAGACUUUUCGAGCAAUUGCGCCUGAAUCGCGUACGUUCCCAUUCUCGGUCCCGAUCGCGCUCUCCACUGCCCACGGCGGCUAAUUUGGAGCAAAGUGUGCAGAAGCGACGGGAGAAGCUGAUAGCCCAAAAUGAUCAGUUCUUUGAGGUGCUCCAGGAAAGAGCAAGGACUCCGGAACCCGAAACCCGUUUGACAGUGGAGUAUGUGUACGAGUUUGUUGAGGAGAAAGAAGAACACAGAGAAGAAAGACGCGAUAUGCGAUCCCUGUCACCAUCUCGUUCGCGAUCCCAGUCCCCAGAUCCGGUGCCAGAUGAAUUCCAUCUGAUGCUCAAUUUGGAGGGCAGUGAGUUGCGUACUUUACGCAAAAAUAGCGAGGAGUUGGAAAGUGUCUUGGCCGCCAGUGCCAAGCAGCGAGAGUUGGACCUGGAAGCGUUGGAGAAACUUCACAAUGCCAACGAGGAAGUGGAGUUACGCGUGCUCAGCCCCACCAACUCAGAACUAGAGCGAGUGGUCGAGAUGACACGGGAGAACGCGGAUCUCGAUCGCACGAUCUCCGAGGUGGCCAGGGAUCUGCAGGAUGAACUCGUGGCCAGCGGCUUCAAACGCUCCACUUAUGUGGGCGAAUCGAUGGAUCUGGGAAGUGAUCAGUUCAAGGAGCUACGUCGUGAGGCAGCUCAGUUUCAACGAUCCCGGAGCCCAUCUCCUGGAAUGAGCAUGGAUCUGGCACGAGAGCAGGCGGCAGCCCAAAGGGAACUCCAAGCAGCCAUUCUAGACUCUCUAACCGACAAUCGAUUAGGCGCCAAACCAAAAACUUAUUCCGAAGAAAGAGCCGGCGAAUCCCAUGAGAUAUCCCCCGCCCAACUUGAUGACUUGCGUCACCGGACCGCCGAGUUCCAGCGAUCGCGUAGCCAGAGUCGUUCACCCUUGAGAGAUGAGGAACUAACUCAGUUGAGGGACAUUGAAGCGGAGUCGGCCAAGAGGGAGCUGCAAGACCAGUUACUGGACAGAUUGGCCGCCUCGAGCAUUAAUUUUGAGAACUUUUCACGGCACUUGAAUGCCGACUUCUUGGACAGUGAACGACGGGCCUCUGAUUCAGCUUUGAUGGGUGACAUGGAGCCGGAUGAAUACCAUCACUUCCGUCGCUACUCACUGGCCCAGGAACAGCCCGUUGAGGAGUACCCCAGCGAUGACUACGUUUACAUCUCACAAAUCGAAGUGCGAACUCUAACGGGGACCCGAACUUGGUUAAAAGAGGAUUUUUAUACCGAAGAGCAGGAGGACUAUUCGGAAUCGAAGAGUCCGGUUGUGGAUGAAGAUUCCUGGGUGAGAGCUGUUUUGGCCGCAGAGGCAGAGGCAGCUGAAUUCGAUGCCACCAAUGCCAUCUACAGCAAUGACAUUGUUGGGGACCUUGAGAACCUUGACCAGGAGAGGAGCAGCUCCAACGACAGCGAGGACACGCGCCAGACAGUGGUAGAGAUUGACGAUGAAGAUGAGUACGAGUUUGAGCUGGACGAGGGUAUCUCGGAUAACAACGAGCGCACCCAACCCACCGAUGAAUCCCAUCAUGACACCUCCGAAUGUGAGGAGGCGGAAAGGAAUGCAGAUCGCUACGAGAAUCGGGGAGCUCAGGAUUGGGAAGAGGUGGAGGAUGUUGAGGAUUUCCUUGACUAUGGCUUCGAUGAUGGAGCUGUGGGCGGCGCAACACCCUACUCCGACCCGGACUCCUUCAUCGAGCAGAUCUACAACGAGGCCAUUAAGAACAGAAAACAGUCGGGCAUCCUGCGGGAAUAUGAGACCAUGGUUCAGGAGCAAUUGCCCUCGGACCACAGCGAAUCGGACAAGGAAAAGUCAGGCUCUGAGAGUGAUAAAUAUGCGCUGUGGGCCAAAACUAGGGAGUUGGAGCGUUCUCACUCCAGUACCCGCCAUUCGGACGUCGACAUAGCCUUGGGUUUGAUACCAGAAAACGAUCGCCGGGAAUCUGAAAUGCGUUAUUUGGGGGAUGCUCAUGUUGCGGCCCGGCAAUCUACGAGGUUACGAUCCCGCUAUGGUUUUAGUCCUAAUCUGGAAGUGGGUGAUCUAGAGGACGAUAUCGAGGUGGAUCUGAAUUACAAACCCAAGAGAGAGUACAACUGGCGCAAGAACUUUCGACUAGACGACAACGAUGAAGAGGAGAGGAAUGCUCAAGAUAUAGGAGAUGAGAAUGACGAUCAAGAGGCCAGAGAUCAGUUUGAGGAGGAAUUUGGAUGGCAGGAACGAGAACAGGAAGAAGAACAGGACCAGGACCAGGACCAAGAUCAGUUAGUGUAUACAAAUGAAGAAAACGGUGAAAUGGAAAAUGGAGAGCUAUUGGACAACCGCCGAAUCAGUCUAGGUGGAGAAAGCAUCACACUCUUCAGCCGUAGUCCUGUACGCGAAAUUCUUCCAGACGUACCUGAAGAACUUCCGCAGGACGAAGAUCUACCCGAAGAACAGCCAGAAGUGGUGGCUCCCUUGGAAGAAUCGCCCGCUGAGAAGCCCAAAAAGAAGAAGAGCAAGAAGAAGCUGCGCAAAGGAUCCAAAACCGAGGAGGAACUAAGGGACGACAACGAUUCGGAUACGCAAAUGGCAACUACUCGACAUAAUGAAGAUCAGGAGGUAGCCGAACCACCCAAGAGAAAGACACGCUCCAGACGAAGCUCCAAAAGCAGCUUGACCAACGAUGAAGCCAACGGAGCAUCAGGACUCUUCUCACCUCGUCACAGUCUUGCCCUUGUGGGUGAAUCCUUGGAGGGCAUAGCUGAAUUUGAACCACAGGAACGAGACGAAGAGCAGUCCACCAAGAAAAAGACCAAGAAACGCAAGAGAACUUCGGCAAAGGAAAACAAAGAAGAAGCUAAAGAGGAGACCCAACCGCAGGCUACGGAAGAUUCUCAGUUGGAUGAGGCUCUGGCUGCCGCUCUGGCGGAGAUUGCGCAUGUUUCGGUGUCCACUAAUUUGACUCCAGAAUCCACGCAGCAAAAUCUACUGUCCACCAUCAGUACUGGACAGAGUGUUUGCAUAACCCCAGCAUCUUCGAUCGAGGAGAUUGGAGAACCCCCUUCAUCAUCCACCACUACGGUGGCUGCAGUGGUGCCGGCCCGAUCCGUGGUGGAUACCUUCGAUAUACUCAAAGAUGCCAACUUCUAUCCGCUUUUCUAGCUCGCUUGGUUUGAUAACUAGUCUUGUACCUACCUACACUCUAUCACUCAUUUGAUUUACUCUCUAUCU